CGUACAUACUACAAUUUGUUUUAAACCAUUCUUGUACACAUUUCAAACAACUAUGUGUUAUGCAACCCUUCUUACAGUCGUGUAAUGCAAGCAACCUGCUUAUCUCAGUUUCGCUGUCAAAUGUCAUUUUAAGUAAGAUUUCCUAACCUCGUUAAAUUUAAAACCCGAAAUAAUGUCCAACAAAGGGGCCCUAGCCCUCCUGGCUGAUUACGAAGGCAACAGUUCCGACGAAGAGGCCCCCAGCAGGUGUUUUUCAACCAAGAGACUGCACAGAGAUGAAGAAAAUGAAGAAAUAAGAAUAAAACGUGUGACAAAAUUACCGGCCCCAAAUUUCAUAAUAAACAACCCAGAGGAAGUGGUGGACGAUCCGUCUUUACAUGAUGGGCGCAUCAGGAGCUUUGCACAUGAAAGGGGAAAUUGGGUGACUUAUGCAUAUAUCCCUUAUGAAAGUAACGAAGGUCUGCAGAGGUUAAUGUCACUGGUUACAAGUGUGGCGGUGCCGGAAGAUAUUGAGUUGAAGUGCUUCCAAGAUUUACAUUUAAGUCUCACUAGGACUGUGAUAUUGAGGUAUCAUUGGAUAGACUCGUUUGUUAGCACCUUAAGGGAUAAUUUAUCGCAUUUUACUAAAUUUAUUAUAAUGUUGGAUCAUUUGGAAGUUUACACCAAUGAAGAAAAAACGCGUACGUUUAUAGGUUUGCAAGUUAAAACUGGCUAUGAUGCUCUUUUAAAAUUAGUGCAUUGUUUGGAUAAUUGUUUAGGAGAGUUCAAACUACCCAAAUUUUAUGAAAAUCCAUCUUUCCACAUUAGCAUAGCGUGGUGCCUUGGAGACAACACAGAAAAGCUUAAGUCGCUUCUGCCUUACUUAAAUCGCGACUUAGAACUCCUCAUGUCAGAAUAUUCUCAAGAAAACUGGUAUACUUAUGUUGAACAAAUCUUGUGCAAAACAGGGGCCCUAGCCCUCCUGGCUGAUUACGAAGGCAACAGUUCCGACGAAGAGGCCCCCAGCAGGUGUUUUUCAACCAAGAGACUGCACAGAGAUGAAGAAAAUGAAGAAAUAAGAAUAAAACGUGUGACAAAAUUACCGGCCCCGAUUUUCAUAAUAAACAACCCAGAAGAAGUGGUGGACGAUCCGUCUUUACAUGAUGGGCGCAUCAGGAGUUUUGCACAUGAAAGGGGAAAUUGGGUGACUUAUGCAUAUAUUCCUUAUGAAAAUAAUGAAGGUCUGCAGAGGUUAAUGUCAUUGGUUACAAGUGUGGCGGUGCCGGAAGAUAUUGAGUUGAAGUGCUUCCAAGAUUUACAUUUAAGUCUCACUAGGACUGUGAUAUUGAGGUAUCAUUGGAUAGACUCGUUUGUUAGUACCUUAAGGGAUAAUUUAUCACAUUUUACUAAAUUUAUUAUAAUGUUGGAUCAUUUGGAAGUUUACACCAAUGAAGAAAAAACGCGUACGUUUAUAGGUUUGCAAGUUAAAACUGGCUAUGAUACUCUUUUAAAAUUGGUGCAUUGUCUGGAUAAUUGUUUAGGAGAUUUCAAACUUCCCAAAUUUUAUGAAAAUCCAUCUUUCCACAUUAGCAUAGCUUGGUGCCUUGGAGACAACACUGACAAGCUUAAGUCGCUUCUGCCUUACUUAAAUCGCGACUUAGAACUCCUCAUGUCAGAAUAUUCUCAAGAAAACUGGUAUACUUAUGUUGAACAAAUCUUGUGCAAAACAGCCUGGCAAGCUAAAAGUAUCGUCUGGAACAUCCGGUGGAAACCAUGUUUCACUGACGCCUAUGAGGGAAUAAUCAUGUUGGAGUACUAUGUCUUUGAACUUGUGAAAUUUGUUACACAAGGAUCUUGCGUUCAGUUACUCCAGAAGGCCAAAAGUUUGGAUCCAUUACAGAUUCAGUUAAUGAGUUUGGGACGGUGAUUUUAAAAGACGAGUAUACUUCUGGAUGUUUAGAGCUCAUUUUCUCGCAGUUUAUCUCUGAUGACGUUGAUGCAAAAAAUGCAACUACAUCUUCAACGGUUGUACCAGGAAGAAGGCGGCUUAUAUGAAAGCUAGAAGUUUUAUUGCGCUUUGGAACACCAACUAAGGUAUUCCCACUUGACGAAACACCACUGCCAACUAUUGGUUUAGAUCUCCUUUUCUCGUUAAGAGAAGGUUUUCCUUUGGGGCUGCUAUCAGAGUUAAGUUGUUUCUCAUUCUUAUUGCCACGUUUUUUAUGAGUCACCAGUUUAAAACCAUCCUGGAAGACAUCAUCGUCUGCGUCAUGUUGAGUUUUGUUGUCAUCUUCAUUCAGAUAGAUAAUUUCAUUCAUGAUUUGCAGCUGUUUAUCGUGCAUCAGCUGUGCAUUUUUUGUUUUCUUAUAAUCAGCAGCAGUACCUGUAGAAAUAAGUCUUUUAUCAAUCGCACACUGAGGUUUUUCAACGCUCACGAUUGAAUUCGCAGUUUUAUUAUAUAGGUCGAUUUUAAUUUGGUGAAUUUCGUUAAUAAUUUGAUGGAAGCGUUCAUUUACCAUGUCGACAGAUGCAUAUUUACCAAGUAUCGAAGUAUUUUUAACUUGCUUAAGUUGUUUCGUAAGAGUAUCAACUUCAGUUCUUGAGAAGUGUAGUUGUUCUUUAAGCAAUUCUAUUGUUGUUGACAUUUCUGCAAUAGUUGCUUUGAGUUUCAUGUUU